AUGUCCAACAAAUACGACCAACCCCCAGCCUACGCGCCCGCAGGAGGCGGUCCGGCGACCCCGCAACCCGCCUACCAGGGGUACCAGAACCAGGGGUACCAGCAGGGCGGCCCGGCGGGAGGCCAGGGCGACUACUACCAGCCGGGGCCAUCGAUGGGGUACUACCAGCAGCAGCAGCCCGGCUACGGACCGCAGCAGGGGUACGGACCGCAGGGAUACGGACAGCAGUAUGGGCCACCGCAAGGCGCCUACUACGGCCAGCAGCAGCAGCAGGGAUACUACCAGGACCGGCGGUCGGGACCGGGAUGCCUCGAGGCGAUGCUGGCGGGUCUGGCUUGUUGCUGUUGCUUGGAUUGUUUGCUGUUCUGA